GGGAAAAUGACCUGUGGCUUAUUCAUCGCACUUACCCUUUUGCUGACCCGUGUCUGUCCGGCGGCUAUUCGCAAGACAGCACAAGCCAACCUCUCGUCCAACCGCACUGUCCCCUCUUCUUUCGUCGUGCAAACAACAGCAGCAACAACCGACCAGAAGGCACGAAAGUCAAGGCAAGACGAGCCCGACGGCGAGAGUACCGAGCCCCGUUCCUUCGCGGGCCUUUCCCAGGGCGAGACAUCCCGUUCUCGCACGACAGGUUUUGUUGGCGGUCGAGUCUUCGAAAACGUGGCGUCUCGGGCGAGCCAUCCGAAGGAAAUGUACAAUGACGUGGCGGCAAUAGAAGAGGACAUGUCCACAGAACAUCGGGACGCUGUUCUGCACGUCAACGAGGCCAAUCGUAAGACUAACAUUCCAUCAAGCCAUGACCUCGAGGUCCACACAGGCCCCAACCCUGACUUUUGGCUGAGCAAUCCCCCAAGGGGGCCGAUAAGGGACGGAUACGCGCGUAGGCGACGCCACUCAUCCACAACAUACACGCCUACUUCUCGUGUGUCUCUGCAGAGAACUUCGAUCAGGACCAGAUCCUCGAUCCGACCACAGCCGGCCAGUCGUACCUCCACAACCUCGCAGAGGCGCCGUCAGGCUUCCAUCAGUAUGCCGUGCGGCAGUCCAUGACCAAACGAAUGGACCCCGGGAUGAUCACUUCACAAGAGACAUCAUCCGGGAUGAUCGCAUCCUCGCGAAUGGACCCCGGGACGAUCGCUUCGCAAAAGACGUCUUCCGGCAUGGGGCCCCUCCCCCCUGGCGCGUCGUGGGUGCCGUCGCCGGGCGGCACCAGAUAUCUGCGGAUCAUGACCUUUGACGUGCAGAUGUACAUUGCCCCGUGCCUAAGGAAAAAGAAGGGUGGGCGAGGGAGGGGAGAUGGUGUCAUAUAGGGUGAGAGACACACUGGGUUGUGUGUGUGUGGUCAGGUGCGAAGGAGUGUUUCUACAUAUGGGAGGGGUGCAACUCCAAGGACGCGUCGAUAUGUGCGGUGGAGCGCAUCCUCGAGCUCAUAAGGACAUCCAAAGCAGACAUUGUCGCACUGCAGGUAAUUACGAUGGCCAAUACCACACGCACUACCAACCUACUUGCGUGUCUCAGGAGCACCACGCCCAAGUUCCGGUUGAGGACGAAGUCUACAAAAUGGUCAUUGAGAAAUGGGUGCAUUGAUUAGGAGGGUGCAUGAGUGUGUGUGUAUGUUUCUUGUCGUGCAGUGGGUGGUGGCCCCUGCGGGUCAGGUGGGCUUCUUCAGCAACGCCAUCCUCAUCCGCCGCAAGAGCGGCAUCCGCGUCAAGAACUCAUUCGCAUUCCAAAUAAGGAGAGAAGAUGCAGAAGUGCCCGAAAUGCCACCGAGGUCAGCCCGCGUGCGGCCAACAUCACAAUAGCCUUUUGGCACCUGCCCCUUGCUCAUUCAGAUCUGCCGCAAUGCUGUGGACUGAGAUUCCCCACAUCGGGCCAGUGGACAUCGUCUCAUGCCAUCUAGUAAGAAUGAACACUACGAGAUUGUGCGCAGCUCCCAUAUGCCGUCAUGUCUCGCUGUCGGUCAGGCCGGUGGUCGUUUCGACGACUUUCACUGGGAGCGUCUGAUCGACGAGCGGGAGAAGGAGCUGCAGAAGAUCGCCUCACACAAGCGGCCAGGCAUCCCCAUGAUCAUCGCCGGCAACUUCAACACUCACUUCAACGACCCAGAGGUAGGCUGGACAGUACGCCUACCCAAUGUGUGACUCGGUCGACGCUCAUUUGACAGGUGGUGUUGCCGAUCAUCCGCAACCACCCCAUCUACCGCAGUCUGGCGGAGAGCGAGUGCACCAGGAGGGACGGCUUCCAGAGAUACAUGACCAGCGGACACGAAUGGCUGCAGGAAAACGUAUGCAGAAAGAGAGAGACACGUCUUUUUUCUGCCACUUUGCUCUUCCUGCUUGUGGUUGUGCGUCAGGGGUUCUUCCCGGCGUACACGCCCAAGGAGUUCCUUCCGUGUGAAGAAGAGUUCUCCCCCACAGCCCUGCUGCAAGAGAAGGCCCACAAGUCAAAGUCCAAGUCGCCCAUCAACCCCACCAGCCCAAACAGCAAGAUCAGCAUCAACAUCAACUCCUCAUCGCCCCAGAUCAGCCCGCCCUCUCUGCCUUUCCUCAAGCCGACCCCACAGCUGGCACACGACAAGCCCACCACAUACAACGAGACGGGCGUCUUUUCCUCACUGCAAAGGGAGGAGAGAAAGCACGGCGGAGGGGCAGGGGUGUUCGGCAACCUGGCGGUGCCAUCCAUGUCGGAGCUGCAGGCGGCCCAGAGGGCCUUCUAUGGGCUGAAUGCCACCAGGCAGAGAGUUGGUGCUGGAGUGGGGCCGUUCUCGUCUGCUGCUGGUGGCGGGGGUGGUUACUAUAGCAGUGUGGGCGGGCUGAGGGGUCAGUGUCUCAACAGCAGGAAGUGCUGCCUCAAGAGCAACUGCCAGGCAGGCGCACACACUGAACGAAAGAACACACACAGGCAGGGAAACAUGUGUGUCUCCAUCCACUGCGUGGGUGCAGGGGCUGUGUUACAGCACCAAGUUCGGCGGCAUCACCGACUGGAUAUACUUAUCGGUACACACACACACACACACACACACACAGAGAGAGAGAGAGAGAGAAAGACACGUUUGAGUACUACACACUUGUGCUGUGUACACCAAAAUGUCAGAGCGACCUGAUGACGCGGCUAGCGGCGCAGCACAGCAACUUCUUCCUCAGCGGUGUGUGGCGCGAGAUAUGGCUGUUCGACGCCAUCGGGACCGACACGUUUGUGAAGCGGUGCGGCAACCUGGAAAUCACUGACAGCAUGCUAAGCGAAGAGUCACUCAGCCACCACAACGCCAUUAUGGUACUGACUGAGACUGCCUGUGUCACUCAUGAUGUAUCUGUGUGUGUGUGUGUGUUGUGCAGGUUGAGUUUCAGCUGCCUUGCGACCCGAGGUCAACGGUGCUGCACAAGCGUGUGCAUUGGAGUGAGUGCUUCGACGUCGACCCACACAUGCAGGCUUAGGAA